GCAUGCGCACACGAGUCGAACCUAAAUAAGAGGUUCGUCGAACUUUCCACUAAAAGGUCGAAAAGUCGAACCUGGUCGAACUCGAACCGCGGCCGAUUCGCGACACCCCUAGUUUUUUGUUUUCGCGUACACGCCCUUGCUUGUAUUUCCUCACGAAAACAAACUCCCCCCAACAACUGCCAUGGAGCUGUUCAAGGGCAAGACGCUGGUGAAGAAGGACGGCAGCGAGGUGCCUGCGGAGCAGGUGCUGUCCGGCAAGAAGGUGGUGGGCCUGUACUUCUCGGCCCACUGGUGCCCCCCGUGCCGCAUGUUCACGCCCAUCCUGGCCGAGGCCUACGAGGAGGCCCAGGAGGGGGACGAACCCUUCGAGAUUGUCUUCGUGUCCUCCGACCGGGCCGCCUCCGAGAUGCUCAACUACAUGAAGGAGAGCCACGGCAACUGGUGCGGCCUCAAGCACGGAGACCCCCUCGUGCAGGAAUUAAAGCAGAGGUUUGGCAUCUCGGGGAUCCCUACGCUGAUCGUGGUGAAUGAGUCCGGCCUGGUGAUCACUUCGGACGGGAGGUCCGACAUUUCCAGCGAGGGGCCUAGGGCCUUCGCCAAGUGGCUUGAGGCCGCUUGAGGCGACCUCUUAGCAAGCCGCAUCCGUAGCCACGAGCCAGCUCUGCUCCGUGCAGGAGUGCUUUUAACAUUUCUGCCGGGUGGGUUCUUUUUUGUUAAUGCACGGAUGCCACUAAAAUUCCAAGAAAUGCAAGAUUCCACACUACAGAAAGUGCAUGGUUCAAAGCAAUGCAUCUUUGCAAGCAAUAGGUUGUGCUUUCUUUCUGCUGGAGAAGUGCAGCUGCUGAGACCAAAUGCUCUUUUACCUCUAUAUUUGAAAGUCCUCACUUGGCAGUGUGUCUUCAAAUCCUUGGACCUGCCUCUGAUAUUUCAUGAGAUCACAUGUUUCCCGGUGUUUUUCUUCUUUUUUAGAGCUUCACUUGUUUUUUGACGAUGUACUUAAAUUGUUUUUAUUUGUGUCUUUUCGAUUCACUUGGAUCAACGUGCAAUGCCACCUGGAAGAUCCUCACGAUUGGAGACCAAAGCUUGCAUUUUCUUUCCAACACUUCUUUUUUUCAUUUUUUUUUUCAGAGGGGACAUUUGCUCACCGUUGGUCAAUGUUGCACAUUUAGCAGCUUCUUCCAAUCUAUGCAGUUGUAAUAACUCUGCUACAAACAUCCUUGGGCUCUGACAUUUUCAGGUUUUAUUAUCAGUUCCUAUACAAGACAAAUGUUAGUUCCUUUCUUUCCCCCGGUGUAUUUCAAUCAAAUGAUGUCCUUUCUAAAGCCCAAACAUUUUGAAUGUGCCCAUGUAUUUACAUUUCUGCAGUUGAUUUCUGUUGUUCAAUUAUGCUUUUUUUUUUCUUUUGUGAAGAAAUAUGGAUUUAGUGGCUUAAUUCUCUUACCAACCCAUUUCAUUACAAAUGUAACUUGUGAGCCAAAGCCCUUUUUACCACGAAAGACAUGGUACCUCAACUUGCUACUGUUUUUGCCAUGAAAUGUGUUCUUACCAAGAAAAGUUUUAACGUUGCGAAUGCAGUUUCGCUCAGGGCCAAGGUUGUCUUCCACAGAGCUAGGUAUUUUAGCUGCCGUUUCCUGUAAACUGCGCCGGUGUUUUGCUGAAGUCUAAUAAAGCUAUAUUCCGCAGUUCCCAACGUGCAAA